AUGCCGCUGGCACCGCGUACCGAAGCGCUUUUGGCGUCCGAGCCGGGGCGUGCGGCCCCCGAGCCUCAAGGGGCAGCGGUCGCGACGGAGGCAGAGGGCUUGCGCUUGCACCUCUCGAGCAGCAACAGCAGCACCGGCUACAAGGGCGUGUACGAGCACUUUGGCCGCUUCCGAGCGCAGCGCAAGGUUGACGGCAAGGAUUUCGUCCUCGGCAGCUUCGACACGGCGGUGAAGGCGGCGGUGGCGUAUGCGCGGGCGGUCGGCGAGUACCAGCCUCCGGCUCCUCCGGCGGUGGCCGCGGAGGCGGAGGGCUUGCGAUUGCACCUCUCGAGCAGCAGCAGCACCGGCUACAAGGGCGUGUUCAAGCACGAAACUGGCCGCUUCGGGGCAAGGCUCAGAGUCGACGUUAGGUGGGUCUCCCUCGGCACCUACGACACGGCGGUGGAGGCGGCGGUGGCGUAUGCGCGGGCCUUCAGCGAGGCGUCGGCAGUGGCGGCCUCAGCAGAGAGCCCACCCGAGAGCGCGCCGCCGGCCGAGCGUGCCGACGAGACGAUCCUCUGCGGCCGCACGCACGAGCACGACGGCGGCGCCAUUGGAUGCGUCCUGCCUGCUGGCCACGCCGGGCAGCACUCCUUCACUCUGCAGGGCAAGCGGGCUCGCUGCGUCAAGCGCCCGUUCGACCCGACCGAUGCCGAGGCGGAGGAGCGCAGCGAGGGUGCGUCGACACAGGACGGCGACGAUUCGGAGGGGGACGUGGAGGUGACGGCAGGAAAGGCGCCAGCAGGCUCGGAGGCCAUGUCUAGCCAGGAGGCUCUGGUGGCAGAGGCGGAGGGCUUGCGCCUGCACCUCUCGAGCAGCAGUGCCACGGGAUACUUGAGCGUGUGUAAGCACCAUUCUGGCCGCUUCCGAGCGCAGCACUACGUGGACGGCAGGCAGGUCGUCCUUGGCUGCUAUGACACGGCGGUGGAGGCAGCGGUGGCCGUCGCGAAGGCGGUCGGGCAGGCUCCGGCGGUGGCGGCGGAGGCGGAGGGCUUGCGCUUGCACCUCUCCAGCAGCAACAGCACCGGCUACAGGGGCGUAUCGCACCGCUCCUCUGGACGCUUCCAGGCGCAGCACAAGGUGGACGGCAGGCUGGUCUACACCGGCUGUUUUGACACGGCGGUGGAGGCGGCGGUGGCGUACGCGAGGGCGGUUGGGCAGGCGCCAGCGGCAGGAGAGGCAGGGUCGUCGGCAGCGGCGGGCGAGGCGUCCGACACGGACGAGGGCGAGCCAGGCGACGCUGGCGGCGAGGCUGCGGCCGCCGAGGGCAGCAGCGACACGGGCGAGGGCAGCAGCGAGCAGGAGGCUGCCUCCUGCCUCUGGGUCGCUUGCGACCGUUGCGACAAGUGGCGGCGGCUGCCUAGCGGCAUGCCAGGCCCGCUCCCUGCCGAGUGGUUCUGCUGGAUGCACCCGGACCCGGCGUGCCGGGUGUGCGAGGCGCCGGCGGAGGAAUCUGGGCCGAGGCGGGCGCCAUCUGAACGCCAAGGGGCAGCGGUCGCGACGGAGGCGGAGGGCUUGCGUCUGCACCUCUCAGGCAACAGCAGCACGGGCUACAAGGGCGUGUACGAGCGCGACUCUGGCCGCUUCAAGGCGCUGCACUACGUGAACGGAAGGCCUGUCCACCUCGGCUGCUUCGACACGGCGGUGGAGGCGGCGGCGGCGUAUGCGCGGGCGGUCGGGCAGGCGGCGGCGGCAGGAGAGGCAGGGCCGUCGGCAGCGGCGGCGGGCGAGGCGUCGGAUUCGGACGAGGGCGAGCCAGGCGGCGCUGGCGGCGAGGCUGCGGCCGCCGAUAGCAGCAGCGAGGAGGAGGAGGAGGCCGCUUCGCCGCCCCUCCGCGCUCCGAGCUGCAAGACGCUCGGCUGCAACCUCCGCCUCUGGCACGCGGGGCCUUGCAGCACCGCCGUCACAGGCAAGCGGGCGCGGGUUCUCACCGACAAGGCGCGGGAGGCGAAGCGAGGCAAGGGCGCGGGCGGCGGCGGCGGCGGCGGCGGCGGCAGCGGUAGCGGUAGCGGCGAGCGGCCGUCCUGUUCGAGCGGUGCCGCGCCCUCACCGCCCGAACAGCAGCCAGGGGUGGCGGGGGCGGAGAAGGAGGACGAGGUUGAGGUUGAGGUGGAGCAGGAGGAGUCCGAGGCGGAGGAGGGGGAGGGGGAGGAGGAGGAGGAGGAGGAGGAGGAGGAGGCGGAGGAGGAGGCGGAGGCGAUGAGCGAGGACGAGGUGGAGGAGAUGCACUCUCACUGCCUCCCUUGCCUGCGCCGCACAGGCCUGCUGCCCGAGCACCUGCCGCACCAGCGGGCGCUCUGCCCUCUCCACCCCUUCCAUGCGGCCGAGAGGCCGGUCGCGGCGCCGGCCGAUGGCAACGAGGCGGCCUGCCCCAACUGCUACUGCUUCGCGUGCGACGCGCCCGUGUCCGCGUGCCGCCACUGGCGGGGCGGCGAGCCGAGGGUGCCGGCGCACUGCAACGCGCACGCCGGCAGCGCCGAGUGGCGCACGCAUCGCUCCAACGCCAAGCGGCAGCGCACGCGGGCGGCGCGGGCGGCACGGGACCCGCUCGGGCUGGGCUGA